AUGGGCUUCCAGAAGUUCUCUCUCUUCCUAGCUCUCAGCAUCUUGGUCCUGUACCAGGUUGGCAGCCUCCAUGCAGUGCCAUUCAGAUCUACCUUGGAGGGCAGCCCAGAUCUGGCCACCCUCAGUGAGGAAGAGCUGCGCCUUCUGCUGGCUGAACUAGUGCAGGACUAUGUGCAGAUGAAGGCCAGGGAGUUGGAGCUUCAGCAGACGCAGGAAGCUGAGGACUCCAGUAUCGCUGCCCAGAAGAGAGCCUGUAACACUGCCACCUGUGUGACCCAACGACUGGCAGGCUUGCUGAGCAGAUCAGGGGGUGUAGUGAAGGAUGACUUCGUGCCCACCAAUGUGGAUUCCAAUGCCUUUGGCCGCCGCCGCCGCAGGAACCUUCAAGCCUGAGCAGCCAAUGACUCCAGGAUGAAGGUCAUAAGGAAGCUAAACUCUACUUCUUUAAAUGUGUAAUGGAAAUCAUUAUAGGGAAGGCUCCAAGGAAG